CGGAGCGGGCGCACCCCUGGGCGCAGAGCCGCGCGGGCCUCCCCCCGCGCCCUGGACCAUGUCGGUGUCCGACCAGGCGUUCGUCACGCUGGCCACCGAUGACAUCUCCUGCCAGGGGGCCCUGGUGCUGGGACAGUCGCUGAGGAACCACGGGACGUCCAGGAAGCUGGUGGUGCUCCUCAGCCCGCAGGUGUCCGGCCUGCUCAGGGUCCUCCUCUCCAGGGUGUUCGACGAGGUCGUCGAGGUGAACCUGAUGGACAGCGCAGACUACGUCCACCUGGUCUUUCUCAAGAGGCCCGAGCUCGGGGUCACCCUCAGCAAACUCCACUGCUGGACCCUCACCCACUACAGCAAGUGUGUCUUUCUGGACGCCGACACCCUGGUGCUGGCCAACGUGGACGAGCUCUUCGACAGGGGCGAGCUGUCCGCCGCCCCGGACCCCGGCUGGCCCGACUGCUUCAACAGCGGCGUGUUCGUGUUCCAGCCCUCCCUGCACACGCACCGGCAGCUGCUGCGGCACGCGGGCGACCACGGCAGCUUCGACGGGGGCGACCAGGGCCUGCUGAACAGCUUCUUCAGCGGCUGGCCGACGGCGGACAUCCACACGCACCUGCCCUUCGUGUACAACCUGAGCAGCAGCUCCGCCUACACCUACGGCCCGGCCUUCCAAAGGUUCGGCUCCUGUGCCAAGGUCGUGCGCUUCCUGGGCCCCACCAAGCCCUGGAACUACAGGUUCAACGCGCAGACCGGCUCCGUGGAGGACGGCCUGGGGCUGGCCGGCCGGCACCAGCUGGCCUUCCUCAACCUCUGGUGGAGAACCUACCAGCGCGCCGUCCUGCCGCUCUACCAGCGGCUCCGGGACGAGGACGAGGGCCCGUGUCCGGCCCCCACGGUUUGCCUGAGCGUGGUUGGGGUGCCGUGGGAGAACUCAGCGCCCAGCGAGGAGGGGCGGCGUGCAAGCUCAGGGACGGCGUCCAGCCAGCCUUGGCCUGACGAGGAGCCCGUGGACAGAACCUCGCUGGUGGAGGAGCCACCGGCCUCCCCAAAAAGAUGCCAUUUCAAAGAGGUGGACCUGUCCGUGUCGGUGGCCGAGCUCACCCUGCAGGACCCGGCGCGCGAGCGCAGCCCCGACGAGGCGCGGCGGACGUGGGAGGAGGGGCGCAUGGACUACCUGGGGCGCGACGCCUUCGCGCGCAUCCAGGAGAAGCUGGACCGGUUCCUGCAGUGACGCGGGGGGCGCCCGCGGCGGGCCCCCCAACUCCCAGCUCUGCUUCGCCAGCUGCGCGCCCCCAAGACCCCGUGAACCCUCAACCAGCCGGCUCGACGCCCCUCGGGUCCAGCUCCCCAGCCUCCGUCUCCCCGCGCACGGGUGGAAACUGCGGGGGAUCUGGGGGCCUCACGGCCUCUCCUGGGGGUGACCGUUGUCAACGCAGCGACUCCGGGGGACGGCGCACGGUGUCUGGACCCCGACGUGCCCAUUUCGGAGACGCGGGUUCGGGGACAUUUGGCGCCGGCGGGGCGGAUGCGCCUCCUGGGAACUGCUGGAAACCGCGCCUCGCCGACUGUGCGCCACGUGGACAGCCCCGCUCGCGCCCUCGGCGCCC